ACUCGACUAACUGCAACCCGCUCCAGUCACUGGCCUGCCUCGCUGCCAGGACUCCAUCCCACCCUACCCCACCCCCCCCCUCUCCACCCCCCUCUGCCCCUCCUCCACUGGCCUCCAAUCACUCGUCCAUUCACUCCACCCCUCUCUGCCAAUCCCUCCACUGGCCUUCCAAUUGCGCAACGGAUCAAAUUCAACAUCCUAACACUGACACUCUACAAAGCUGUCCACGCAUACUCCCCGACCUCCCCCACUGAAACCUAAUUAUCCAUCAACCUACCGGCCAGCAACGCACGACUCCCCCCCAAGAAACCCCUCUCCCUCACAAGUGAAAACACCCUCCCCCUCUCCUCUCUAGUUCCCUGGUCUCCUUCUCUCCCACACCAGCCUCCAGGACUUCUCCA